GUGUGUGCUCGGUGAGAUAGAGGAACAUGUGACGUGGCGCUUCACUUCCUGCUGUUAUGCUGAGCGGAAAGAGCUGAAGCACACAAGACAGACAAAGAACCAAACGGGUGAUUUCCAAAGGGGCCCCAGGCCACGAUCACCUUGGAGGAGAUGAUGGUGUGCUAUGGACGCGCUUGGUGGCGGUGGACGCCGAGUGUCCCCCUUGGAAGACUUUGAUCGCAAACUGGAGAUCAGAACAGAGAAACACGAGCGGCUACGAAGACGCACGAACGUGACGUCAUGCCGGAGCCCCGUGCGAGACGACGACACGUUCCGGAUUAAACAUCGACUCAAGGAAAAGAGACAGAGCGAGUUUCUGAGGAGGCGUAGAGGAGGUUCCUCGUCAGGGUGGCUCUCCGGGGCCUCAGGCUCGACCUGGGGUCUACAAAGCAGGCCAAACACAGACGACUGGAUGAUGAUGAUGAUGAUGAUGGAGGAAGACAUCACAAUGGAGAGCGUCAUACAUGACACAAUCAUUGAUGCCAAAACCAUGAGGAGCGAGGCCGGCGUUCAAACACACUCUGGCCUGGUGACCAUCAAAGAAUGUGACGUCCUGCAGUUACAAGAGUACUUGCAGGAGGCCUUGUGGAGGGAGGAGACCAUCAAGAAGAAAUUGUCAGCCCUGCAGGAGAGCAUCGCGCAGCUUCUCAGUUCCUUCAACACAAUAUGGAAGAGUCGCCCCAACGAAGACGUGCUGAGAAACAAGAUCCAGGUCCUGGAGGACCAGGUCCUGGAGGGCCAGCUCCAAGCCAGCGUGCCGGUGUUUCCAAAGGAUGCAACCAGGAAGCUGCUGCUCCAAAUGAAGAAGCAGAAAGUCGUGUAUGAGGAGAAGAGCCAGGAGAAGAACCAGGCCCUCAGCAAGACGGGGGAAGCUCUGGUCACCGCCAAGGUGGACAUCCUGAGGCUGCACAACCUUUACGAGGAGCUCAAACAUACGUCUGAAAAGCUCAGGCAGCAGCAGGACUUCAGCACCGAUCAACUACGUCAGCAGCAAGUCCAAAUCGAGCUGUCCAGAUGCAGGGAGGCGGCGCUGACGGAGGAGCUGGUGUCACUGAGACAGGAGAAGAAAGAGCUUGAGUUCAACAUCGGCCUGCUGGAAGAAUACAACGGCUUUCUAAGAGACAAGCAGCAUCGCUGCGGCCAUGGCGACGCUGUGGGAAAGGAUGCGGGAGCUCAGGAGACACCAGAGGAAGAAGUGAAGCCAAAGAGAGACGUGAUGGUUGACAUGACACCAAAGGAAGGGGGAGGAGCCCAGAGGGAUUCGGACCCGCAGGGCCAGAUUGAUUCCGCUCAGAAGGAAGUCGGAUUAAAGGGGAAAGAGUGGGAGGUGCAGCCAAGGAGGCAGGACCUUCAGUCUCAGCGCAGGGAAGACCUCUGGCCCGUCAGCCACCACCGUAAAAGACUGAUAUCACAUGCGUCCUGGUGGAGCCUGUCUGUCCUCCUCCUCCUCCUCCUCCUCCUGGCUGUGGGAGGAGCCGCCCUGCUGUGGCAUCUUCCUGCCAGGGAGCAGAUGGAGGACCUUUACUCUGACAUCGGGAGACAAAUUGAAGAUUAUUUUAUGCAAAUGAGCUCCCCCAAACACCCAGGCUGCUUUAGGCCAUUUUGAGCAUGUUACAUGUUACAUUUGGAGGAAAGUAGUUUUGUCUGCAAAUGUACGGCUGGUUGAAUGUGGAUGUGUGUGCUAUGCAGUAUAAUAAUAAUAAUAAGAUAAUAGUAGUACGUGAUGAAAUAUCAACAAUGAAAUAUGUUCUUUGAAACAAUGCAAAGCCAUCUGAUCAUGUGACUGAUGUCCGAGUCAUUCCUCUUUACGGGAAGGGAGCAUCCUAGCAACAGUCCAUCAUAUCCCAAAUAUUAGAAAUGAUAUAGUAGUAGUAGUAGUAGUAGUAGUAGUAGUAGUAGUAGUAGUAGUAGAAGGGAGCAUCCUAGCAACAGUCCAUCAUAUCCCAAAUAUUAGAAAUGAUAUCAUAGUAGUAGUAGUAGUAGUAGUAGUAGUAGUAGUAGUAGAAGGGAGCAUCCUAGCAACAGUCCAUCAUAUCCCAAAUAUUAGAAAUGAUGUAGUAGUAGUAGUAGUAGUAGUAGUAGUAGUAGUAGUAGUAGUAGUAGCAGCAGGGGUCUUGUAUUGCUUUAAAAAGACAAACCACAGGACGCUGCCAGACGCUGUCAGUGUGGUCAUGUGACCAUUGUUGCGUUGUUGUUGGUGUGGUGGGUCUCGUAGUUCCAGAUGAAGCUCCAUUAUCAUCUGGCACUGACACAGCACAACCAUUACAG